AUGAGAAUUCGCAUACGUGGCCCAAGAGGCCAGUCCACAAUUUCCCUCCAAGAGAGCGCCUCAAUCCACGACCUCCAAGCCCAGAUCAGCGACAAAACAGCAUUGACAUCGUACGACAUCAAGUACGGUUACCCCCCUAAACCACUCGAUCUCGACCAGCUGGACCCUGCCCUGUUGAUCGCAGAAAUUGGGACGAAUCUUGAUGGAGAGCAACUCAUUAUUAGCAAGAAGGAUGGGCUCUCCGCGAUGGACUCCUCCGCCAGCUAUCGCCAGCAACAGCAGCAGCAGCCGGCGAUAACGGAUACUUCCAGCCCUAAAAUCUCGAAUAGAGUUGCGCAGACAACUCAACAAACAAGAGAUAUCUUAAAACCGCUAUCAUUGAGCCGUAAGGCCAACAUUGCUGUUGAAAAUGACCCUCCCGAGAUCUCCUCCCCCGAACACGGCUGCACAGUCGUUCUCCGCAUAAUGCCCGAUGACAAUUCUUGUCUAUUCCGAGCGGUCAGUAGCGCAGUGAUGGGCGCGAUGGAUGCAAUGACGGAGCUACGCUCAAUAGUUGCGCAAACAAUACAAGAGCAACCAGAUGUUUAUUCAGCUGCGGUGCUGGAAAAAUCUCCAGACGACUACUGCCGAUGGAUCCAGACGGAGGAUUCUUGGGGCGGCGGGAUCGAGUUAAGCAUCCUAAGCAAACACUUCGACGUCGAGAUCUGCUCGAUAGAUGUACAGUCGCUACGCGUUGAUCGUUUUAACGAGGACAAGCCGACAAGGUGUAUCGUGGUGUACUCGGGCAUCCACUAUGACGUUAUCGCGCUCUCCCCCUCCGACGAGCCGUAUACCCAUUCGUAUGCGCCGCCAGAAUUUGACACGAAGAUAUUCGAUGCUGCCGACCCUAUUAUCCUGGAGCGGGCAGUGGCGUUAUGCAAGAUCCUGCGUGGUAAGCACUAUUAUACGGACACCGCAUCGUUUACGAUCCAAUGCCAUACCUGCGGACGCCAGUUUGUGGGUGAGAGGGGGGCGACGAAACACGCUACGGAAACAGGCCAUUAUAACUUUGGUGAAGCACCUUAA